AUGUUUGAGAUCACCCAGGACACACCUGCAGAGAGAGAAGGGAAUACGGCCUCUCACAGUGCAGAGAAGCAGCAGCCCUUAGGAGCCAGGUCAGGGAGGAGGAGUCUGCAAAGGAUACAGAAGGAACAGCCAGAGAGACAGGAGGACAACCAGGAGAGUGUGGCAUCCUGGAGGCACGAGGCAGAGCAGAGAGGAGAAGGGAGUGCUUUUAAGGCCAACAAGAAGGAAACAGAAGUCUUUGGGUAUUUGGAAGCAGAAAGUGGAGUGAACUCCCAUGAUGACACCAAACCAAAGGGGCCAGAUGAUGGGGAACACAAGCAGUGGGCCUUCUUGCGAAGGAGCCACUUCUCGACUGCAGCUAAGCGGUUCUGUAGCCUGCAGCCGUCCCUUAAGGGGGAGAGAAGAUGGACAGUUCCAUGCCUCAGUGGAAUGAGGGAGGAAGUUGUACAGAGCACGUCCUCGCACCUUGAAAGCGCUGACAUCAAACACAGAGCCAGUCUGAAGAGCGGGAUGUUUUCACAUCAGAAACCAAGUGUCGGGAUUCGGCUUUUGAACAUCAGAAGAAAUAGAAAAAAACCAGCAGCACUGAUAUCCAAGGGACAAGCGCCGAGACCAAAGAUUCUUUAUUUCAUUUUCUGAAGAAGCUGUUUCUAACUUUCCCUGUCGACCCCGCUUCCACUUUCCUCACUGUCGGUAGACAGCUCAGCUGCUGCUCCACUGAGGCAAGGCCCCAGCCUCCUUCCCUUCCCC